UGCCCACACUGACGAGCCGUGCUGCCGAUGGGGCAAGCACUUUCUCAUCAUCUGUGUUGGUUCUUUGAUGUCAUCAGUCUCAAGGAGAUCGAGCUUCGUUCAUCUCCGCACAGACCUCUGUCCGCUCGCUCUUCUGCCAAUAAAUAGCGAUGGCAGGCUUCGGCCAGUAUGACUCGGCAGUCUCUACCAUUAACCACCGCGGAAGAGGAAAAUAAAGAACUGCUCCACACGUACAGUGGACGGCCAACGCUGUGGCUGUGCAUUGGACAUCGUUGAACACACUUUGGACUCUGUAAUAUUGCGGCAGUAUUGUGCGGGGAGAUUUCUUAGUGGAGCAGUUGUGCACACGACGAUGGAAAGCUAGUCUUUCGUAUGUACCGCCACAUGGCUGUGUGUGCAUGUGUGAACCUGAGACACAGUAGGACCCAAAAGUGCUAACUCUUACAGCACGCUGAGGAAGAGUAGUCGUUAACAGCCGAAACAAGUUAAUCACAUGACCCUAAUGCUUCAUCGCCAUUGGUCAGAAGUCCAGUCACAGUGUGAUGUUUAAUUAGUCAUGGGACAAGAAUGAUGAAAAGGAACUGAAAUAUGUCGAGCUCCAAGCAUCAGUGCACGGCACCCAUCACGUCCGCCUCGUGCCUCUCACCCCCUUCGAGCAGGCUGACUGGCCGGCCGUCGACGCCAGAGGGCGUCCCGCUGUGGUUCCACGGCCUAUUGGCACGAAGCGUGGCCGAGGAUUUACUGUUGAAGAACCCGCAGUCGGCCGAGGGUUUGUUUCUGGUCCGGCAGAGCAGCAACAGAGGGGGUCACUUUGUCAUCUCAGUCUGCACCGGUAUGACGGUCAACCAUUACCUGGUGGAGACGCUGGAGUCCAUGUUCUACGUCCGGCGGGACCGAUGUCAGGAACGAGGUCGGGACAUACAGGCCAGGGAUCUGUGCAGCCUGGUCCAGUGCUAUCGGGGAUCACCUCUAGAUGAAUCAGGAUUAAUAUUGAAGGAUGGCCUUCUUCGGACGAUCCCAGUCACGGUAACGGCACCCCUGACUGCCAUGACGCGAUCCAAAAUCAACCACAACUACAUCCCCUUGCACAUGGACAACCGUGAGUACAUCGCGUUGGAGGAGUUCACGGCGGGUGACGAUCUACAAGCCCUGAGCUUCCAGAAGGGAGAGGUGCUGACCGUCUUGCAGAAGGAGAGCAAGAACUGGUGGUUUGCCUACAAUCUGCAGCAGGACCUGGGCUAUAUUCCCGCAUCGCUGGUUUGUAACCUGAAGGAGUGGCAGCAGAAGUGUAAGAACAGCGGGGCCUUCUGCAACCUGGGCUGCUCGGACACCGACGGCGUAUUUGUCUCCAAUCGGGAGGAGACGCAAGAGAGCGCGGCGCAGCAGCGCGAGGAGGAACGCAAGUGCCUGUUGGACGUCAACUCCAACGUGCUUGGGAUCUGCGGAUGCUCAUCAUCGGCCAGCCCAAAACGUUGCCAAAGCAGCCCCUCCUUGAGGGAGAACGCAUACAACAACAGCAAAGAGAUGGUGUGCGUGUCCACCGACUACAUCGCCAUGUGCCUGAGACACAGGGAGCACCAGAAACUCUGCGAGAUGCAGAGAGUCCUGGAUGCCAGGUUGUCCCAGCAGCUGUCCCCCUCGUCCCGAAACGCGGUCCCACCAUUGUCUGACUACAGCGGCCAGUCGCCGCCGGACUGCAGGCGAGACCUCAAACCAAGGAUACUCCUCCGGAGCCGCACUGAGCCGGCCAACAUCCACAGUGCGCCACCGUCGCCGCACAGAAGGACAGAGCCGAUCGAGGCACCGCCCCGCAGCAAAUUAAGGAAAGAGAACGUGCCCUGUUUACUCAUCAAUGCAGUCUCUGUGAACGAAUUGGCAUUGAGUCAUACAUGUACCCCAGACAGGAGCAACUGCAAUAACAAACAAUGCGGCCUGUCAAGGUCCCCGUCUAAAGAAAACCCUGAGUCGAGAUUACUAACCUGCUUUGAAGAGGCGGAGUACAAACUGAUGAACAAUAAUUGCUCAGAGCCAACUGACAGCAAACUCAAACGAGAUGAAACCAAUGCAGCUAACCAUGGAACAUCCAAGACUAGACCAGACACAAGAAGGAUUGAGACUGAUUGCGAUAAACCUUACGAUCCCCUUGCGACUUACUUAAGAUUGGCAGAGUGCACAACGGGACCCAAGUCAGCCGUGCGCUAGCACACAUUUGCCAGUAUUCUUGUGAGUGAUUUUAUGACAGAAUUCGACUGAGAAUUUGGAAGGUUUUAACUUAACAGACAAAGUACAUUUUAACUGUUUGUCCUUUAAUAUUAUCCAGUUUUCAUGAAAUGAAAUGUAAUCUUACCAGUGAUAUUAAAGAGUAUGGAUAACCUUAAACGUAUCAGUACAUAAAUAUUUUAUAUUCAAACUUGGAACUGCCAUUUAAUCUUCACCAACUUAAGCUUGUUCUCACUGAUUUUGAUUGGCCUUUAAAAAAAUCCUGUAUUGGCAAUACACCAUUUUUUGAAUUCUCAACAGACAACAGCCUCCAUAUACAAAAUUCAUUGUUUUUAGAAACACGAUUCCUUCCAGAUUAUGCUAUACAUGUAUUUCUGAAUUUAUUAAUUUUUUUGUUUGUUAUUUAUUUAGUAUUUUUUUGUGGGCAUUAAGAAAGCAUUCCCCAACAAUUUUCCAGUGUGUAGUUUUCCCUUCAGUGAUGUUAAGUUGAAUACUCCGUGCUUUCAAAAGUAUGGACGAAGUUUCAAUUUGUAUGUUUUGUUUUGACAAAAAAAACUUCUUUAUUCUGAUUUUUGGCAUCUGCAAGCCUCUAAAAAGGGGUUUCAUUUUUGCGCCAAUAUGAACCCGCCCUACGAGAGCCAAGUUAUUGUCUGGCAGCUAAUACUUCAAAUUGUGUGAAGAAAUCAUUUAGUAUUAAACUAAUUAUCGGUGUUUUUUUCAUUAGCUGUCUCAUUCAAAAAUUAGUAACUUUCCAUUGCUAGGAAAAUGGCAAUUGAAAAAACAAGAAAUCUGUUCUUCAAGGCGCAACUCAAAAAUUGAAUGGGGAAUGCAUCUUUAAUCAAUUUUUGUUCCGUAUUAUCGGCCUUUGAAAAGAAAACCUACAGACUUGCUUAUAUUGGGACUCGAACCUGUCCCGAACUUUCUCUUUAAUUUUUUUUGGGGGGGGGGGGUUUACAUUCGUACUUCAAAAUUCAUGCAAACUGAAAUAGAGGCAUCAAAGCUGAAAUAUUGGACAUUAUUACUUCGUUUUGUUGGUAGCAUUGUUGCCCAAAAGUUUUCACUCGGUCUCGUAAGGUAUUUUCAGAUAGACAAAAGUGAACUUAUUUGAAAAAGAAAUUACAAUUACAGAUAAAGUUUUUAAUUCAUCACACACUUUUGUGUAUUCAUGCUUUGAAAAGUAUUCUUGUGGCUUUGUGGCAAUCUGGGACUACCUGUUUAUGAACACCAGAAGAAAAGUCAAAUCGUAUGUGUUUUCAAUGACUUUAUCCGACGGAAUUGUGAGAAAUGGAGCCGAAAUUUGGAACGCUGUGUGUAAACUAGGUACAUUUCUUAUUUGAAUCAGGUUCCAAUUUGAUUGGGCUGCAAAGCUAACAAAUUAAACCAAUUAAAUAAAAAUGAAAACAUAGGUGCUUAGUAGAGGGAAAAAAAACUAGCAGCGAAUCAGCUAGUAGCAAUAAGCAUUACACAACUCUUUGCUGUUUUCCAAUUUUUGCUAAAAAAAACUUUCCGUGCCGAGUUCAGUUCUGAGCUUGGCAGCGCUGUGCUUGGCGUCGCCAUGAAAUUUGUUUAUGAUAUUUGGAUAAGUCAGGCACCAACCCCCCAUCCCCACCCCCCCCCCCCCUUAAAAAAAUAGAAAAGAAAGACAUUGUUUCCAUUGACACUGUUUCAAGUUUGUAUUAUUCCUGCACUAGUAUAUAACCAAUUUUUAUUUGUAAAAAAUGGAAGAAUGCUAAGAUAUUUGGAGGUUAUCAGCAAGAUGGAACUUUUCACAUAAAAAAAGGCGCUCCCAAUUCACGUCCCAAAUCUGUUGUUUGUGGUUGGCUGUUUUGCCUUUUUGUUGUUCUUUUGAGGGGAGUAUGAGAAUAUGUGAGGCGUUCUCUGGCAAAAUUAGAUGGAACUGGGCACAGGCAG